UCCUCCCCCCCUCCGCUCCCACCCAGAACAGCCCUGAAAGGGAGAAAAGCGAGGCGUUCAGAAAGUGUGUAUAGCGCGGAUCUGCUGAGGAAACCAGCUGAGGAUCAUUUCAGCCUUUUUACCCGCGGUCUGAGUGCGUGUGCAGGGCUUUUCACCCACCGGAGAAAGCUUUAAUACCGGGAUCAGCGGCGGGAGGAAAACUUUCACCGGAAUUUUAACCGCUCUUCCUCCAUUUUGAGGUUUCGCCCAACUUAACUUUGUGUUUAUCGUGUUUCGAACCACGAAAUCAUGACUAGUAUUAAUACUGCCAACAUAAACUUCAAAUGGGAUCCCAAGAGUCUGGAGAUCCGCACUCUCGCUGUGGAGAGACUGCUGGAACCUCUGGUCACUCAGGUUACCACCCUGGUGAACUCCAGCAACAAAGGACCAUCUAAUAAAAAGAAGGGGCGUUCCAAAAAGGCUCAUGUUCUGGCUGCCUCGGUGGAGACGGCCACUCAGAACUUCCUGGAGAAAGGACAGAAGAUUGCCAAGGAGAGCCAGUUUCUGAAAGAGGAGCUGACUGCUGCCGUGGAGGAUGUUCGCAAGCAGGGAGAUUCCAUGCGGACGGCCUCGGGGGAGUUUGCUGAAGAUCCCUGCUCCUCCGUGAAGAGAGGAAACAUGGUGCGGGCUGCUCGCGCUCUCCUCUCAGCCGUCACUCACCUGCUCGUGUUGGCUGACAUGUCUGACGUUUACCAGCUCCUGCUUCAGCUCAAACUGGUGGAGGAGAACCUGAUGAAAGUGCGUAACGCAGGGACUGAGCAGGAUCUGGGCAUCCAGUACAAGGCUCUGAAACCUGAGGUGGACAAACUCAAUAUGAUGGCAGCCAAGAGACAGCAGGAGCUGAAGGACGUCCACCAUAAGGACCAAAUGGCAGCAGCCCGAGGCGUUCUGCAGAGGAACAUCCCCAUGCUGUACACCGCUUCUCGCGCCUGCCUGCAGCACCCGGACGUGGCGGCUUACAAGGCCAACCGAGACCUGAUCUACAAGCAGCUGCAGCACGCUGUCUCCGGCAUCUCCAACGCUGCCCAGGCCACCAGCAGUGAGGACCCCUCCUUCAACCAGCCCGCGGGAGGAGGAGAGCUCGCCGGAGCUCUCAACAACUUCGACAGGCAGAUCAUCGUGGACCCGCUGAAUUUCAGCGAGGAGCGUUUCCGCCCGUCCCUGGAGGAAAGGCUGGAAAGCAUCAUCAGUGGCGCCGCACUCAUGGCUGAUUCGUCCUGCACUCGGGAUGACCGCCGCGAGCGCAUCGUGGCCGAGUGUAACUCCGUCCGCCAGGCUCUGCAGGACCUCCUCACUGAGUACAUGGGCAAUGCUGGACGUAAGGAUAAGAGUGAUGCUCUGAACACGGCCAUUGACAGGAUGACUAAGAAGACCCGUGACCUGCGCAGACAGCUGAGAAAGGCAGUGAUGGACCACGUCUCCGACUCGUUUUUGGAGACUAACGUUCCUCUGCUGGUCCUCAUCGAGGCUGCCAAAAACGGCAAUGAAAAGGAGGUGAAGGAAUACGCCCAAGUUUUCCGCGAGCACGCCAACAAGCUGAUCGAGGUGGCUAACUUGGCAUGCUCCAUCUCCAAUAAUGAGGAGGGCGUGAAGCUGGUCCGCAUGGCCGCUUCCCAGCUGGAGACCCUCUGCCCUCAGGUGAUUAACGCUGCCCUGGCCCUGGCCGCCAAGCCCAACAGCAAGGUGGCCCAGGAUAACAUGGACCUGUUUAAAGAGCAGUGGGAGAAGCAGGUGCGCGUGCUCACCGACGCUGUGGACGACAUCACCUCCAUCGACGACUUCCUCUCCGUGUCCGAAAACCACAUCCUGGAGGACGUGAACAAGUGCGUGAUCGCGCUGCAGGAGAAGGACGUGGACGGGUUGGACCGCACCGCCGGCGCCAUCCGAGGCCGCGCCGCUCGCGUGGUCCACGUGGUCACCUCCGAAAUGGACAACUACGAGCCUGGAGUCUACACCGAGAAGGUUCUGGAAGCAACUAAACUCCUGACUGAGACAGUGAUGCCUCGUUUCACGGAGCAAGUGGAGGCAGCGGUGGAGGCUCUGAGCGCCAACCCGACCCUGCCGGUGGAUGAGAACGAGUUCAUCGACGCCUCGCGCCUGGUGUACGACGGAGUGAGAGACAUCAGGAAGGCUGUGCUCAUGAUCCGGACUCCAGAGGAACUGGAUGACUCCGACUUCGAGACCGAGAACUUCGACGCUCACAGCAGGACCAGCGUCCAGACCGAGGAUGACCAACUCAUCGCUGGACAGAGCGCCCGGGCCAUCAUGGCUCAGCUGCCCCAGGAGCAGAAGGCCAAGAUCGCUGAACAGGUGGCCAGUUUCCAGGAAGAGAAGAGCAAACUGGAUGCUGAAGUGUCCAAGUGGGACGACAGCGGCAAUGACAUCAUCGUGCUGGCCAAGCAGAUGUGCAUGAUCAUGAUGGAAAUGACCGAUUUCACCAGGGGGAAAGGGCCGCUGAAGAACACGUCCGAUGUUAUCAGCGCCGCCAAGAAGAUCGCAGAGGCAGGUUCCAGGAUGGACAAGCUGGGCCGAACCAUCGCCGACCAAUGUCCCGAUUCCACCUGUAAGCAGGACCUGCUGGCCUACCUGCAGCGUAUCGCGCUCUACUGCCACCAGCUCAACAUCUGCAGCAAGGUGAAGGCCGAAGUGCAGAACCUGGGAGGAGAGCUGGUCGUGUCUGGGCUGGACAGCGCCAUGUCUCUGAUCCAGGCUGCCAAGAACCUGAUGAACGCUGUGGUGUCCACAGUCAAGGCCUCCUACGUGGCCUCCACCAAGUACCAGAAGUCCCAGGGCAUGCAGAACCUCAACAUGCCCGCCAUCUCCUGGAAGAUGAAAGCCCCCGAGAAGAAGCCCCUGGUCAAGCGCGAGAAGCAGGACGACGGCCAGCAGAACAAAGUCAAGAGAUCUUCCCAGAAGAAGCAGAUCAACCCUGUCCAGGCUCUGAGCGAAUUCAAAGCCAUGGACAGCAUUUAAACAGCGCUGGAAUCCAUUACCUAUUCACCACUUUCUUCUAUAUAGAUCAGUCCAGAGGACCCACUGCCCCUUACUGUUCAGGCUAUGCUACACUGACCCAUCCAACAUCCAACGUCCAUUUAAUACCAGUUCAGAUCUAUAGGAGUUCUAAAAUAAGUUAAAUUAAUGGGGAUUUUCGAGGAAUAGCAUUUUAAAAUCAUGUGAUUCAGCAGAGUUGAAUGAAACAGGAUCAUUGUAGAAGGUUGAGCCGUUUACGCUGUUCUAGAAUAGAUUGAAUAGGUUUAAGGGCAGUCUAGAACAGUGGAAGGGGAUUAAGAGGAAAGCUUGGUAGGAUGUCGAACCUCGUUCUCACUGUUCUAGAGUGUUCUUGCCACAUUUACUGAUCUAAAAUGACAUUCCCCCCUAAAUUCACAUUAUUCUCAAAUGUUGAUCUCUAACCACACUGUCUAGAACAUUGUGUCUAGAACUGAUCAGAAAAUUGGAACUUGGAACACUCACACUCUUCUAGAAAUCUGAAUAAUUGAGCAUAUUUUAGAUAAGACAUGGAUGUCUAGACAUGGGUUCGAACUGUUCUGAAAUGUUGAUCCCAUUUCACACUGUUGUGGAACAUAUUGUGGCCCCAUUCUAUUACAUUGUCUUAGAAUGGUUGGAAAUGGUUUAAAUGAGUGUCACACCCAGAAUUGGCCUUUCUUUCAACAUUGAUUUCCACUCCUGCCGUUCUAGAAUCGUUUCAACUGUUGGAAAUGGUCUAGAUGAGUGUUACACACAAAUUUGACCUUUUCUUGAACAUUAAAACAAUUCUAGAAGAAGUCAUUGCUCUAGAUAAGUGUCACACCCAGAUUUGGCCUUUCUUUGAACGUCGAUUUCUAUUUACGCUCUUCUAGAAUAGUUUCAACAGUUGAAAAUGGUGUAGACAAGUGUCACACCCAGAUUGGGUCUUUUCUUGGACAUUGAAUUGAUUCUAGAAGACCUAGAGUAUAAGGCAAUGGUUGGAACUGCUUUAGAAAAGUGUCACACCCAGAUAUGGCCUUUCUUUGAACAUCAAUUUCUAUUUACGCUCUUCUAGAAUCGUUUCAACUGUUGGAAAUGGUCUAGACGAGUGUUACACCCAGAUUUGGCCUUUCCUUGAACCUUGACUCCCACUCAUUAUCUUCUAAAAUGGUUUCAAUAGUUGGAACUGCUCUAGAUAAGUGUCACAUCAAGAUAUGGCCCUUCUUUGAACAUCGAUUUCUAUUUAUGCUCUUCUAGAAUCGUUUCAACCGUUGGAAAUGGUCUAGACAAGUGUCACACCCAGAUUUGGCCUUUCCUUGAACAUUGUAACGAUUCUAGAAUAUUGAAAAUGGAAGUCAAUGGUUGGAACUGCUCUAGAUAAGUGUCACAUCAAGAUUUGGCCUUUCUUUGAACAUUGAUUUCCACUCCUGCUGUUCUAGAAUCGUUUCAGUGGUUGGAAAUGGUCUAGAUUAGUGUUACACCCAGAUUUGGCCUUUCCUUGAACAUCAGUUUCCACUCACACUCUUCUAGAAUUGUCUUAAUGGUUGGGAAUGCUCUAGAUAAGUGUCACAUCAAGAUUUGACCUUUCUUUGAACAUUGAUUUCCACUCCUGCUGUUCUAGAAUCGUUUCAGUGGUUGGAAAUGGUCUAGAUGAGUGUUACACCCAGUUUUUACCUUUCCUUGAACGUUGAAACGAUUCUAGAAGAUUGAGAGUGGAAGUCAGUGGUUGGAAUUGUCUAGAUGAAGGUCACAUCCAAAUUUAGCCUUUCUUUGACUAUUGACUCCCCUUUCACAGUACUCUAGAAUUCUGUUAAUGUUGAAAAUUUGGAAAUUCUGGAAGUUCUAAAGCAUGUCCAACCAUUCAAAGUUUUUUUUUUAAGUUGUGGGAUCAGUGUUUUAAUAAAUAAGUAUUAACCACUUUUUCUUUGAUAUGUUGGAAGAUGUUUGGGUCAGUGUUCCAAAACCUUCUGCAGUUUCCCUGCUUUAACUCUUGUCUGAUAUCUGAUGUGUGAUAAACCCAUUAGAUAUAUGCCUUAGCUGAAAUCUUCAUCUUUUACCAGUUGAAUUGGUUUAGUUAAAGCAGGGAAACCCCUGAAAUGAAUUGAGGGGGGCUGUGGGUCUCUGCUGGAACCACUGCUGUAGAUUGUUGUGAGAUUGAUUGGUACAGGCUGUGGGAUUUGGGAGCUGUAUGUUAUGUAUGAGAGCGUUCCUCUACCUUUAAGGCCUUAGUCAGCAGACUGUCACUUUCACAUUCACAGUUGCUUAGCUGAGCCACUGAGGUUCAUAUAUAUACUCUUCUUUCUAUUUAUUCACAUGGAUGAAUUCUGCAGUGCCCAAUCUCUGUAUGCCAGUCUUUCCUUUUUUUCCGGCAGGUGGUUAAAAAAAAUAUAUAUACACGCAAAAAAUACGCAACUGGACUAGGGGCAUUCUGUUUAAUUCUUUUUCCCAAGAUUUUCUAAUUUUAUUAUUAUUUAGUUUGUGUUUUUCCUUUUUAUACGAUUUGAGAAUUCCUUUUAUAUUCCUUAUUUGAUACUUUUCAUCUUUUCAGCCUCCAGAUUUGUUUGCUAGUCUAGAUUUCGAAACCUAUGCAAACUAUAAAUAUAAAUGCCUUACUCUGUAUCUCAUGCAAUAAUUUCAUAUGAAAUAAAUCUCAUGUUUUUUUUUUUCUGGUUUUAAUCUCGAGACCAAAGGCGGUGCAUUUUUUGUGUGUUUAAACAAGAAAAAGAAAAAGUUCUAAUAUUUUAAUAACAACACUAAAUAUAGGCUGCGUCCAAAUUACAUACUACACUUUUUUUGACAGGUUAGUACAUUAAAUAUUGAUAUUCUAACACAUUUUGUACUAAUAGGGAGUGAUGAAGCAUUGUGGGAUAAUCGUAAAUGUCCAUCAUAAUCAUAAUUAACUUAAAAUAAUUAACAAAUAAAAAAAAAAAGCUAAAUUUAUUACGUUAGUGUUAGUCAUUAGUAUGCAAUUGGGAUGCACCCAUAUAUACUUUCCAUGAACUUAUAUAAAUAUAUAUUUUAAUAAACAGCAAUUGUUUUCCUUUCCACUUCAGUACCAUCAAACUCUUAUUAAAUUCCAGACAUCUCGAUUUCUAGCCAUCCUCCUCGGGUGUGCUCUUGACCUGGUCUCUCGUUAUUUGACGAGUAGCGUAUAAUGAGGCUAACACCCCGCGGGUGGAAGGUGCAGCAGGCCGCCGCAGUGAGGCAGAAGAGGGAAAUGAGGAUAUUAAGAGCUAGUGUUUAAAUCCAGCCUCCUCCUCGACUCGCUCAGGCAGGUUUAAAUGAAUCAGCAUCCUCCUGAUUUGGUGGAGAGCUCGCCGAGGGCUCUGAAACUUUUGUGUCUUUAAACGGCAGCGUCUGAUAGGCCGAGCGAGACGGAGUCUGAAAGUCUGAUCCCUGAGAGCCUCCGCCGAGCAUCAUUGAGCGUAAAUGAGUGUAUCCACCCCAAGCGAUACCGGACGAGCCCCCCAAAAUCACCCCCCCGUCCAUUAAUAUUCCUCAAUCGACGGGGAUGCAGGUGUGUUUGUGUUUGGUGGCGUUUUUGAAUUGGCAGAUUAAUUAAAAGUGAAAAAAGAAUCUCCAGGUGUUUUUUUUUUUCUUUGUGUAUUCCUCCCUCUUUUACAUUCUCAACAUUUUGUUUUUGUUUCCAUUGUGUUAAAUCUUUUGUUAAAAAUAAUUCUACUUCGAGUAUUUGUUUGAUGGCAGGAACUGCAAGCUGCCUGAUUGAUUUUUGAUUUUUGAAAUUUGUAAUUUUGAGCUGUGUAAUGUUCUUCACAUGUACUGCUUUUACCUAAAAACAAUAAAUCAGACAAAUCCAUGUUUCCUCUUUCA